GGUGCCAUCUCGCACUCGUGCGCAAACCCUCGGCUAACGUGAACUGCGCGCUCUCCAGCAUUAUAGAAAUGCAGUGUUUUAUAUGCGUGACUUAUAUGAUUAUAUUAUGCAGCGGCAAUCCAAUAAAAAAUAGAGAUAUAGACAACAAAUAUGAAAAAUUCUCCUUCGUUAAUAAUUUCAUUGCGUCCUUGUUUCACAAGGAAACGCCUGAAGAAAUAAAUGAUAACGAAGAAAACAAAUUAACGCACACCAGCUAUGAAAAAUAUGGUUAUGACAACUUCCAACAUCUACUCAAUGAAGCUGACUUUUUACCUCGAAGAAAUGAUAGAAUCGCAAUGCCUCCACUACAGUAUCGUUUCCCGAAAAGUAUAAAAAAUACAUUUACCGAAGGAAAAGGUAAAGAAAAUCCAAAGGAAGAUAUGAUAAUUAUGGUAAACGGUAACAAAUCACAAGAAACAGAAAUAUUAAAGAAGGAACGUUCGCGUCCGGGAGGUAAGAAUAAAAUCAAACAAAAUGAUGAAUUGGAUGAUGUACCAGAUGUCAUUCCAUUUUUAACUUCAAUGGCGGGACAAAGUCAGAUGGGUGAUCGCGAAACUCAAACAGUAGUCAAACCAACUGUUAUAGUUAAUAUACGAGGAUCUAUCAAUAAUCGGGACGACACGAGGCUUGAUAAAGGGAAGGAUAUUGCCAAUGACACUGAUAUUACACGUAACGUCUUCAAUAUUAAUCAAGAAAUUAACGUAAAUUCGGAUGUAAAACCAGGUAAAAAAUUAAAUGCUGUCGAACAAGAUAUAAAAGCUGGACCAGAAAUCCAGACUGAAGAGGAGCUAUUGUCUAUUAUAUGUCAGCCUAACUACUGGAAAGGAAAGAAUAAAGAGCGCAAACAUGACGUGAUGCAAAUAUUACUUACUGUUUAGAAUGAAAUGAAUGUAAUUUUAAUAUAUUGAUAUAAAUUGAAAUAACAUAGUAUAUACAAGUAUCUGUAAGUCUGAUAGUGUUUAAUCGUAUUGAGCAACUAUAA